UCGGCUGCCGGGGCAGCCGGGCCCGUCCGCCGGAGCCCCCCGGCCGCGUCCUCGCCUCAGUUUCUCUCCAGCGCUUGGUCAUUGGUGCUUGGUCAUUGGGGUCUCCUUCCUCCCCGUCGCCGGACUGGGCCCCUCCCAGCGCGUCCCCCGCGAUGCUGCAGCCCCCGCCCCGCACUCUUGGCCUUUGAUGAUUUUUUCAAGUUAACUUUCGAGAGACCCUCCUCUCGCGCCUCUCGCCUGGUCACGGCUCGAAUGCCGCCGGGUCUGGUCCAGCAGCGCGCCCGGCCCGGGGAGAUGCUCCAUCAAUACUUGUUGGCCCCUUCUCUCGUCCAUCCUUGCCGGUCUGACCCCCCUCUGGCUUCUCGGGGGCUGCCCUCGCAAGGAUCAGCAGCCUCUCGGCCGCCCCUCCGAGCUCACACGCCAGUUGCAUCUUAGCCCCCCACCCCUUGCCUCUGCGGCUGAAGCCCCGUGGGGACGAACAGGCGGGUCCCCUGACUCCCCACUCGGUGUGGGAGUUUGCUGUCUGGCUUCAUCUGUGCUGGUCCCUGUGCGGUCCCAGGCCCCCCACCCUCACCCUGGCUCCAGUCCUGUUUCCUAGACUGUGGGUCUAGCAUGUCAUUGCCAAGGGUUUGGGACAGAUCUGGACUUUGCGUUGCUGCCGUGGCCUGGGGACCAGGGGCCUCAAGGGUCCCGCGUGGUGCUUACGGUCAAGUGGGUCCUUAGACCCCUGGCCUGGCUUUUUCAGCCAGUGGAUGCGUUAGUCUUGUGUGCCAUUUGAUGAAUUAGACGACCCCAGUUUGCCUUCGGUUUUACCUCUGUGGUUGGAAUUUGGGAUAGAAAAAAUAGCCCCAUUUUAGAGCAGAGGAGGUGGCUAUGUGAAGGAUUUUAAAAAUUCUAACGGGAAAUUGAAAAUGGUUUAAAACUCACAAAGUGUGCUUGUGAGUUUGGGGUGGUUCCUGCUGCUUUUGCACCCGCUUCUGCUUCUGCAGGCUGGGAUAGAGUGUUUGGGGUCGUCGGGGUCCUCUGUCUGGGCAGCUGCAGCCUCCCUUCCUUGUUUUCCCUGGCUGGAGCCCAAGACUGGGCAAGUGGGCAGAGGGAUCAAAUGAGGUAAAGUGUGGAAGUCCUUUGAAACUGGUAACGAGUAGGCAGAUGCCAAGGGGCGUUAUUUGUGGUGAUGGCUCAGAGUGGAGAGCUGGGAUAGCCCACCCCCCAGGAGGCAUGCGGGCUUGCACCCCUUUUUAAGCCUCGGAGUUCUCGUCCUACGGCGCCAAGAGACUCUUUCCAUCUUGAGAAAGGGUGGAGUCACCUCCAAAAGGCUUGGGGCUGGGUGCUUUCUGAAAUGUUGGGGAAUCUGGGCCUCUACUUCUGUUAAUAGUGGUACUUUUCUGUGCCAAGGCACAUUGCUCUGGAUGGGGGCUAAUUUUAGGGGUGAUGGAAUGAGGAAAUGAUGUUCUUAACUUAGCGUGUACUGGAACCGCCCCAUCUCUAGAUCUUUUCCUUCUCCCGUGAGUUCUGAACCCCAGAGAACAGGCCCCCCCUCCUCUUCCCUCAAGCCUGUUGUGAGCACCCAGGACCAAUGUGUGUCCUCUCCCCUUGAGUCCGGCAGGGGGCAGCCUUUUAAUAGCAAUAAUCCAGAUGCCAAGGGAAUGAGGGUAUACUGAGGCCAUAGAGAGAAAAGAGGGCGAGGAGGGAGCAGGUGGAUGGGCAGACAGAUGCCGAGGGUGGGCCGAGGGGUAGGGGCGAAGCUGGAGCGAGUUCCAAGAGACCCUUAGACCAAGCAGCCGGGAAGGCUGCUGCCCCUGUCCUCUGCCUGCCGCCUCUCCUGCUCUUUCCUUCACUGUAAAGGGAUACAGAUGCUUGGCUUUGAGAGUUGUGUUAGAGAAACUUAAGUCAAUUUUUUGUAAACUUGUUCCUUUCUCGAGGAUUUCCCUCCUGGCAGGAUUUCAAAUUUCUCUCAUGGGGCAGUGUAAUUAGGGGUGAUUUCCUUGCUCUUCAGAGGGGAGAAUGAACUGGAGUAAAUUUGGUUUCUCUUCUCUUUCAUUCUUCCACGUAAACAGAGAUUAGGCUUUACCUGUGCUGGGGCAUAGAGGAGGGUUUCCCAGGCGUGGCACUGUUGAUAUUUGGGGCCAGAUAAUUUUCUGUUGCAGGGUCGGGGGCUGGGCUGUCCUGUGCACUGUAGGAUGUUUAGCAACAUCCCUGGCCUCAACCCAGAUAAAGUGUGGAAGUGUAGAUGCCUGUGGUACCUCCCAGUCAUGCCAACCAGAAAUGUCUCCAGAUAUUGCCAGAUGUCCCCUGGGGAGCAGAGUCGCCUCUGUCGAGGCUUCGAGGAAGCAUGUGGAAAAGAUGCACACCUGUUGGGAGGGAUGGAAACCAGGGUGCCAUGCAUGCUUCCUUUAGCCUGAGGAAGGACCAGGCAGCCACCAGCUUCUGGGACCAGGUCCUCCUCUGGCUGGACCUGCCCAGAGCCAUGGCCGUUUUCUCCGGCUGCUCCCCUGCUUCCUCUCUGCCCUGACUGCGUCUCUCUUGCCUCUGCAGUGUCUCUGCCUCUCACCUGGGAGCCGCUUCUCCUCGGUUUGCUCCUUACAGCCAGGACAGAAGGGGGAAGGCCGGAAGUAGACAGCACCGCGGCCAGCCGCCCUGCUGCUCCCUGGAAGGGGGGGAGGAGUUGUGGAGUCGCGGAGUUUGAUGGGAACCCUGGAGGCACUCCGGUCCAGCCUACCCCCGAGCCAGUGAGGGCAGCCCUCGUGCAGCUCCCUGGGACCCUGCCCCGGCCGUCCUCUGCUUGGAACCACCAGGGAUGAGCCACCUCCUGAGAGCCUUUUCCGCUGUUCUUUAGAGGGACAGGUCACUGCCACCGCUGCUGCUUCUGUCAGCCUCAGGAACUCUGCCCUUAUUUCUGCUUUAUGGGAUUUUUCCCGGAUGUGAAGGUCCCUCCCCGGCACCACUGUGGUUAGAGCAACAUCCAGUAGUUUGGGGACCCUGGUUCACUCCAGCAUAGGCCCCUGCCUGAAGAGAGCCCAGCCCCCACCCUCCCUGCUUCCUGGGGCAAGGCUGCCAGGUCUGUCCCCACCGUGACUCUUUGGUCAGCUCAUGGUGUGAGUGGCUCGUGGCUGCUUACGUGUUUGGAGAGAGAACGCCAGGUCCCCCCUCCUCUGCUCAGCCCCUCUGACCUCUAGCACCCGCACAGCCCCACAAUGGCAGCAGAGACCCUGAACUUUGGGCCUGAGUGGCUGAGGGCCCUUUCCAGCGGUGGCAGUGUGACCUCCCCACCCCCAUCCCCUGCCAUGCCCAAAUACAAGCUGGCUGACUAUCGCUAUGGCAGAGAGGAGAUGCUGGCCCUCUACGUCAAGGAGAACAAGGUCCCUGAUGAGCUGCAGGACAAGGAGUUUGCUGCGGUGCUGCAAGAGGAGCCACUGCAGCCCCUGGCACUGGAGCCCCUGACUGAGGAGGAGCAGAGAAACUUCUCCCUGUCAGUGAACAGUGUGGCCGUGCUGAGGCUGAUGGGGAAAGGGGCUGGCCCCCCCCUCGGUGGCACCUCCCGUGGCAGGGGCAGCACGCGGAGCCGAGGCCGUGGCCGCGGUGACAGUUGCUUUUACCAAAGAAGCAUUGAGGAAGGCGACGGGGCCUUUGGCCGAAACCCCCGGGAGAUCCAGCGUAGCCAGAGUUGGGAUGACAGGUGCAGGCUGGAAGGAGGUGGCAUCGAGGCAGAGCAGAGAGAAGCCCUGGGAGGCGAGAGGCGGUUUGAGAAGUCGGCCAGGAGGGAUGGAGCACGAUCCGGGUUUGAGGAGGGAGGGGCUGGCCCUCGGAAGGAACAUGCCCGCUCAGAUAGCGAGAACUGGCGUUCUCUCCGAGAGGAGCAAGAGGAAGAGGAAGAGGGCAGCUGGAGAAUUGGGGCAGGACCCCGGCGAGAUGGAGACCGCUGGCGCUCAGCCAGCCCUGAUGGUGGCCCCCGCUCUGCUGGCUGGCGGGAACAUGGGGACCGGCGUCGCAAGUUUGAAUUUGAUUUGCGAGGGGAUCGAGGAGGGUGUGGUGAAGAGGAGGGGCGGGGUGGGGGAGGCAGCUCUCACCUCCGGAGGUGCCGAGGGCCUGACGGUUUUGAUGACGACAAGGAUGGGCUCCCCGAGUGGUGCCUGGACGAUGAGGAUGAAGAAAUGGGCACCUUCGAUGCCUCUGGGGCCUUCUUGCCUCUCAAGAAGGGUCCCAAGGAGCCCAUUCCUGAGGAGCAGGAGCUCGACUUCCAGGGCCUGGAGGAGGAGGAGGAGGAGCCUCCAGAAGGGCUGGACCAGGAGGGGCCCGAGUCAGGUGGGAAGGAGCUGACCCCUCUGCCUCCUCAGGAGGAGCAGCCCAGCGGCCCCUCCCCGCUGCCCACCUUGGGCCCACUCUGGGGAGCCAAUGGCGAAGGUGAUGAUGCUGGGGAGAAAGACCUGCCGGCCGCUGAAGGAGACGAUAUGAGGGGAAUGCAGCUGAGUCCUGGGGGGGGCUCGCCCCCUGGCCCACCCGGAGAUCUGGAAGAUGAUGAAGGCUUGAAGCACCUGCAGCAGGAGGCGGAGAAGCUGGUGGCCUCCCUGCAGGACAGCUCUUUGGAGGAGGAGCAGUUCACGGCCGCCAUGCAGGCCCAGGGCCUGCGCCACUCUGCAGCUGCCACUGCCCUCCCCCUCAGCCACGGCGCGGCUCGGAAGUGGUUCUACAAGGACCCCCAGGGAGAGAUCCAAGGCCCCUUCACAACACAGGAGAUGGCGGAGUGGUUCCAGGCGGGCUAUUUUUCCAUGGCUCUGCUUGUGAAGCGGGGCUGUGACGAGGGCUUCCAGCCACUGGGUGAGGUGAUCAAGAUGUGGGGCCGCGUGCCCUUCGCCCCGGGGCCCUCACCACCCCCACUGCUGGGAAACAUGGACCAGGAGCGGCUGAAGAAGCAACAGGAGCUGGCAGCGGCGGCCUUGUACCAGCAGCUGCAGCACCAGCAGUUUCUUCAGCUGGUCAGCAGCCGCCAGCUCCCGCAGUGUGCCCUCCGGGAAAAGGCAGCCCUGGGGGAGCUGACGCCGCCGCAGCAGCAGCAGCUCACCGCGUUCCUGCAGCAGCUCCAAGCUCUCAAACCCCCCAGAGGUGGGGACCAGAACCUGCUCCCGACGAUGAACCGGUCCUUGUCAGUGCCGGAUUCGGGCCCCCUCUGGGACAUACAUACCUCAGCCUCAUCACAGUCAGGCGGUGAGGCCAGUCUUUGGGACAUACCAAUUAACUCUUCGACUCAGGGUCCAAUUCUAGAACAACUCCAGCUGCAACAUAAAUUCCAAGAGCGCAGAGAAGUGGAGCUCAGGGCGAAGCGGGAGGAGGAAGAGCGCAAGCGCCGCGAGGAGAAGCGCCGCCAGCAGCAGCAGGAGGAGCAGAAGCGGCGGCAGGAGGAAGAGGAGUUGUUUCGGCGCAAGCAGGUGCGGCAGCAGGAGCUUCUCCUGAAGUUGCUGCAGCAGCAGCAGGCAGUGGCCACUGUGCCCGUGCCCCCUGCGCCCAGCUCCCCGCCCCCACUGUGGGCUGGCCUGGCCAAGCAGGGGCUCUCCAUGAAGACGCUGCUCGAGCUGCAGCUGGAGGGCGAGCGGCAGCUGCAUAAGCAGCCGCCGCCUCGGGAGCCAUCGCGGGCCCAGGCCCCCAACCACCGUGUGCAGCUUGGGGGCCUGGGCACUGCCCCCCUGAACCAGUGGGUAUCUGAGGCUGGGCCGCUGUGGGGCGGGCCCGACAAGAGCGGGGGCAGCAGCAGUGGCCUGGGGCUCUGGGAGGACACCCUCAAGAGCAGCGGGAGCUUGGCCCGCAGCCUGGGCCUGAAGAACAGCCGGAGCAGCCCCUCUCUCAGUGACUCGUACAGCCACCUGUCAGGUCGGCCUGUGCGCAAAAAGACAGAGGAGGAAGAGAAGCUGCUGAAGCUGCUGCAGGGCAUCCCCAGGCCCCAGGAUGGCUUCACCCAGUGGUGUGAGCAGAUGCUGCACACGCUGAGCACCACGGGCAGCCUGGACGUGCCCAUGGCUGUAGCGAUCCUCAAGGAGGUGGAAUCCCCCUACGAUGUCCACGAUUAUAUCCGUUCCUGCUUGGGGGACACGCUGGAAGCCAAAGAAUUUGCCAAACAAUUCCUGGAGCGGAGGGCCAAGCAGAAAGCCAGCCAACAACGGCAGCAGCAGCAGGAGGCUUGGCUGAGCAGCAGCUCCCUGCAGACGGCCUUUCAGACCAACCACAGCACCAAACUUGGCCCUGGGGAGGGCAGCAAGGCCAAGAGGCGGGCACUCAUGCUGCACUCAGACCCCAGCAUCCUGGGGUACUCCCUGCACGGCCCUUCUGGUGAGAUCGAGAGCGUGGAUGACUACUGACCAGCCCGUCCCACCAGCCCCUGGGCUGUAGGCCAGGGCAGCAGCAGCAGCUUGGACCCUCCGGUCCCCAGCCUGCAGGCUCCCCGCAAGGAGCAGAGGAGGAAGCAGGGGCAGGGUCCCCAGCACUUGUUACAAACCACACGAUGCACCUUAACUCACCCACCACGAGGCACUUUACAGAUUGGGGGGAAGGGGUUUUUUCCUUUUUUUAAAAAUUUUAAACAGCAUUGAAGAAAACGUUAGGAGAGACAAGAAAAAUUGUUAAAAGCUAGACUCUAAGCACCCCUUCCCCCUCUGGGGAUAGUGGGGGUGACAAUGGAAGGUCCACAGAGGUUCCUUUUUUUUUUUAAAAAGAAAAAAAACAAUGAAAAAAAAAGGUUAGGAGACUGAAAGAAAAAACACACUGUUAUUUUGGGGCAGUGGGGACCUGGGCCCCACGGACCUGUCCUGCCUGGCCCCCGAGGCUGCACUUACCCUCCCUGCCCCGCACGGUGGGCCAUUGGGGUAACUGGAAGCUGGGGUGCCAGCAGUUUGCACAGCGAGGCCCCCUCAGCCCCGCCGGCCGGACCAGCUGUGAACGGCUCCCUUGUUGCUGUGACUGUGGCAGAGGUGUCCGCCAGGGGGGGGGCCAAAGUAGCCCCUGGGCUUUGCUGCUUUGGGGGCAAGUUGCACAAAUGGGCCGGCCGCCUCAGACCCCCGGGCUGCUGGCCUGUGCUGGCCGCCAGGCUAGACAGGAGAGGGCCGGUAGGUGCCAACCUCCUUUGGCUGUCCGGGCGGCCGGACUUCCACUCUGGCCCUGGUGGGGCUUCCCCCACCGCUGCCGUUUCGGGGGAUGGCCAGGUGUGAAGCUGAAAGCCCCAGCUCCCUGCCUUGCCACAUGAAUGUAUUCUUUGGGCCACAAGCCCCUGCUGUGCCCCCUGCCUCAACCCUGAGCGAGGCAGAGGUGGAGCAGUUCCUCCAGGAGCUGGAGAGAGAGGCACCACUUGACUUGUUUCUCCUGUGAAGGGGCAAGAGGAGGGGCCUGGGAGGCCAAGGGAGUGGGCAGCUUGGCUUCGGGUUGCGGUGCGGGGGCUGGUAGAAGAGAGCCCCACCUGCGGCCAUCUGUGUGGGAUGUGGACCACGCAGCUCUGCCCUGACCCCUCCAUUGACCAAAUGGGAGAGGAGCAAGCGGCCUCUCCCCUCCCUGCUCCCCAAUGCGUUUUUAAUGUUGGCUAAGGUGGGGGCUUAAGACUAGAAGUGUCUGUCUCUCCCGCGUCAGGGGGAGGCGGCCCUUCUGUUACUGCUCACCGACUUCUUAUUCCCAAACCUACCUGGGUUUGUCUCCAUUUGUUUUUUUUUUUUUUUUUUUUUU